GCCUCGCUUUCAUUCUCCUCGCUCGUCUCUCUCUUGCCGCCAUCGCGAUACCCUCUUGCCUCAGUGGCUAACGGCUCUCCGCGCAUCUCCUGCUCCAAGACCGGUUUCGAUCACCUGAACAAUGGCAUCAGAUGAGGGAAAGCUCUUCAUUGGAGGACUCAGUUUUGACACCAAUGAGCAGAAUCUGGAGCAGUUGUUCUCCCCCUAUGGAGAUAUUGCAGAAGUGGUUGUGGUGAAAGACAGGGAGACUCAGCGGUCCAGGGGGUUUGGCUUUAUUACCUAUUGCCGUCCUGAAGAUGCCAAGGAUGCCAUGAGAGCCAUGAAUGGAGAAUCUGUGGAUGGGCGUCAAAUCAGAGUUGACCAAGCUGGAAAAUCUUCCCGUGGCUCUUCUGGAGGCAGAGGACGUGGACGUGGAUUCUCUAGAGGAGGUGGAGGAUAUGGAGGUGGACGUUAUGACAACAGAAGCGGUGGCUAUGGUGGAUCUAGAGACUAUUAUGGCAGCAGGAAUCAGGGAGGCUAUGGAGACCGUUACUCUGGGAGCUCCUACAGAGACAACUAUGAUAACUAGGACAGAAGGAACUUGAGAUCAGAAAAAAACAUUUGAAGGUGGGAGAAAGCGCAAGUGACUGAUUCGUCCAUCCCUAUUGAAAGCCUACAGCUACAACUGGCAGAAGGAGCAGGAGGAUGUAGCACUCCUGAUCAGGAAUGGAUAGACCAAGGGCUUGGUAAUGGCUCAAGGGUUCAGGUCUCCAGUGCAGCACUGCCACCAAUGCCCUGGCUCCACACCUGCACAAGCUGCAGCCCACCAAGGCAAAUGCAGGCAGGCAGAGAGUAAACACAGGAGGCCUAUCAAGCCCCUGAUAGAUUUCUGUACAUGACUUUUUGGUAUGGAUGGCCUUAAGUGCAUUUAACUCUUGAAGCUACUUUGGUAGCCAAAGUGGUUUUGGUUUUGAAACUGCAGGACCAAGGGAACUGUAGGAGCAAGUGAACCAGCUCCUCUUCACCCUCCCCACACACCCAACUCUAGCCUACCCUUCCUCAUUCCCUAUCAUCCAAAUGCUACCACCCAUUCACAGAUGCAGCUACACCCAAACCAACCUCUCUCUUCCUUCCUCCUUUUCUUCUGGUUUUAAAUCUUGACCACAUCCAGGAUCCAGGCAACACUAUACAUCAAGGACUGGCAUCCCUGUGUAUUCAUUUAACCAAAGCAGAUUACAGAGCUACAUAAAUACAUGCAUUAUUUGAGCAUUUCUUUUUCUGACCAAAUUCUCAAUUUAGCUUCCUUUCCUCAGCUUGAGUGUGAUAAUUCUUCCACACCUGCCUCAGAGAUUGGCUUAUUUUCUCAGGCUCCUAAUAGAUGUUACAGCAAAUAUCUGCCUGCAUUUCCCCCCAGAAAGGUUUCUUUGGGGAUUUUUGCAGGAAGAAGGAAAAGAACAGAUCUGUAUAGUCUGCAGCCUACCUAAAGACAGUCACCUCAUGCUGCAAACUUAAUCAUUCAAAAUGGAGAGUCAUAAACAUGCAGUUCAACUAUAAGCCUUUCCAUCUGGGCAAAAUUGAAGUGCUGCAACACAUCAGUUCAUAGGCACUGGGCUCUGUUCCCUCUCACUGGACUGGAUGUAUGCUGCAGUGUUAUGCCAGUGUAGAAAAGCCACAGAUGCUGGUAAUGGCUAGGAACCAUAGCUCAGUCCUAAGCACAUGCUUUGCAUGCAGCAAAGUCCCUGUUUCAAUCCCAUAAGGAGAGCCAUGCUGGAUCAGACCAAGGGUCCACCUUGUCCAUCCCUGUUGUAUCCAGUUAAAAAACAGAUUAGGAAGCAGCUGUUGGAAACAUCUGCCUUGCCUGAGGCCCUGGAAGAACACCACCAGUUAGAAUGGUCAAUACUUUGACUAGGGCAGGAUCUACACUACUGCUUUUCAAUGGUUUUGACAACUGUUUGGGCCCAGGACACAAUCCAUAUACCAUUUUUCAAAGUGUUAUAUCCUGCUUGGUGUAGAUCUGGGUUAGGUGUUGCUUGCUAUAUAUCAGGGGCAGAAAGCACAGGUGGAAGCAAAGACAUCCUAGAAGCCAGAGGGGUUUCAGAAGGAGGGUGGUUUUUUUAGUUUGGGAAGGGGGCUUCAAUACUCUACAUUGUUCCUGUUCCUUUCUAUGAUGAGCAAAAUAAAUUGUUAGCUAGUAAAUAUUAAAGAAUAAAAUUACACAUGUAUUUUUUAAAAAA